AUGAAUCGUUAUUAUAGAUCUGAAACAUAUUUACCAGAAUCAAAUAAAUUUAUUACAGACCUAGUACACAAAUUUCUAUUAUCAAUCUGUUGUACACCAGGUGUUGGUAUUUGUUUUCAAGAUGAAGGAUGGUAUCCUUAUGGUGAAGUAGAUAAUAAUGAUUCUUUUGAUCUGAAAAAUCAAUUGAACAAAGAUACUAUUAUUAUCUUACUUCAUCAAAUCUUUGAAACCAACUCAACACUUGAAACAACAAGAAUUAUUGCUGAAAAUUUUAGAAACUUGCCCUGA